GGACCGGAUUGAGGCCGUUCCGUCAGUGUUUUCGGAUGCCCAGCGGUCGCGGCUUCUUGGGCCGAUCUUCAGCUGGCACAAUUACAGGCCGCGCAGCAGCAAAGGAUGAAUGGAGCUCUGGGAAAGGUGCUGUGUCUGAGGAAUGAUACCAUUUUUAAGCAAGCCUUUUCCCUCUUGAGGUUCAGAACAUCAGGAGAGAAUCCUCUCUGUUCUGCAGGUGGCAUUCUGCUGAGCAUCAGUCGGCACUACAGGUCACAGCCCACGCAUGGCAUUGGAAGAUACAAGCACCUAGUUAAAGCACAAGAGCCCAGGAAGAAGAGGGGAAAAGUGGAAGUGAGACCCAUUAAUUUGGGGACAGAUUAUGAAUAUGGGGUUUUAAACAUUCACCUGACUGCAUAUGAUAUGGCCCUGGCAGAGAGUUAUGCCCAAUAUGUUCACAACCUCUGCAACCAUCUCUCCAUUAAAGUCGAGGAAAGUUAUGCAUUGCCCACCAAAACCGUGGAGGUGUUGCAGUUGCAGGACCAAGGCAGCAAAAUGCUCCUGGACUCAGUUCUCACCACCCAUGAGCGAGUGGUUCAGAUCAGCGGUUUGAGUGCUACAUUUGCAGAGAUUUUCUUGGAAAUAAUCCAAAGCAAUCUUCCUGAAGGAGUCAAACUGUCAGUGAGGGAGCACACUGAAGAAGACUUCAAAGGAAGGUUCAAAGCUCGGCCAGAACUGGAAGAACUGCUAGCCAAGUUGAACUAGCUCACUGCAGACCCUUUCAUGCCAGCACUGGUGAUACUGAGUGGCAACGGGAAGAGCUUCCUGGGUGGCCAAAGUUAAGCAGGAGACCCUGACUCUCAAUAUCAUAAGUACCCAUCUCCACAGCCAGGAGUGCCUCCUCUCCUCUGUGGAGGAGUGCUUGCCGAUUGUCACCACUUUCCUUUGAGCCAACCCUAGGUAUCUUCCAUCUAAUAAAAAUCUGCUGUUGAUGGA